AUGAUCACCGUCUGGGGAAAACCAUUUAGUUUCAAUGGGCAACCUAACCCUACUACCUAUUCUUGUGACUGGGAGAGUUGUGUCGACAAGUGCUAUGACGAUACAAAAUGUCUUCUUGUGCAUACUGAUUCAUCUCAAACAUGUGUUGUUUAUACUAUUGGAGACGUCCAAUUAGUUAGCAAUCAGAAGUUGAACCCUUCAAGUUCAAAGGAUAAAACCACUUUUCGGACUUUCUAUGAACCCGUCGACUUUGAAAUAGCAAAGUUGCGUUGCCAGGCAUACGGAAAUGGUUUUAUGAUUGCAACAGCUUCCUUGACUCAAAAAGUUGUCAAUGAUACCAUCGAAAGGAAUAAAAACCGUGACUCUAUCCCGGAGCAAGAUUUCCUUCACAUUGGCCUUGUACUCCAAGAUGAUAAUACCUGGGUGUGGACAACUCCAGAGUUAGACUAUAAGUCAGAAGGGAUCCCGUGGGCAAGUGGAGAGCCUAAACCGGAGAAGUGA